GAUGAUGAUUCAUGCAAACGGAAGACGAUAAUUGAAAGAUAAUAAUAAACCACUUGAAGUGAACACAUAUUUGCGCUGAAGCUAUUUAAGAAGCUUUAGCACCAAUAUGGUUUAGCAUUACUCUUCUAUCACUUCCAGUCUAGAGAGUGUAGAAUUGAUCAGAAAUCAGUCUUUCCUCAACACCAGUGCAGUGCUAGUUCAAACACCUUGUAUAAUUGAUUCACUAUUGAAAAAAACUGAAAUUAUUACUCUUUAAUUGAAAAAUGUUACAUGAAGAAUUGAUACCUGCGAUUAAAUCCAAACCAGAGAUUUGGGAUGCUGGGAAUGAGCUAUUCAACAAUCAAUCCGCCUCAGACAACGCGUGGAAGGAAAUAGCGCAAACAUUUGACUGCAAUGUGGAUGUCAUCAAAGAGGGUUGGGAAGACCUGAAAUCACAGUAUUUGAAAGAAUUGAAAGAAGAAGCAGAAUUGGACGCAAAUGAAGAUCUGGGUGCAUGUUCCGAGGCAUGUCGUUUGACAAAGAAAGGUUUUGAAUCAAUGCAAUUCAUUGGAGGUUGUAUUAUUCCACCAAGAACUUCUGAAGAUCAGAAAAUUACGGAUGAUAAACAUCCAGAGUCACCCAGAACCAUAGAAAAUGGAAUCGCGCGAUUGGAGAACACGAAUACACCUUAUCUUAUUCCGAUACCAUUCGAGAAUUUAUCACAGUUGGAAGGUGGCUUUGAAGAGUUUCAGGAGCUCUUGCAGUUGAUUUAGGCUAUCGCGAAUAAUUUGGCCAAUGAUUGGAAUAUAAAUGAUAGAAAUAGUAGUGAGUAGAAUAUCACAGGCAAAAUAAAGAUAGAAAAGUAACAACAAAAAUUGUAUUAUUUGAGAAAGUUUUAAAAUUUAAACUAUAAACAUAGCCUACUAUACUUUUUCAAGUAUAGUAUAGUACUAGUAUUCUAGUGGUUUUGUUGUACUGGAAUUCCAGGAUUAUUUUGCAAAUACUGCAGUAUGUUAAUACAGUUAUAAGCCAAUUAAGCUUGUAUUUAAUCAAAAUAAUAGAAAUACUGGAAAAUUAUUUCAAUCGCA